AUGGACUUUGCAACCCUUUUCAAGGGCAACCUAUCAGCCAUGGCCGAGAACAUGACUGGCGGAAGAUCGUACUCGGGCAACAACAAGAUGAUGGAAAGCCUAUUGCCCAUGCUAGGCGGCCAGUUUAACCCCGUCUUCCGAUCCCUGAUGUUACUGUAUCAGAUGAUCGGUUCCAACUUGGGAAUCGACCCAACCAUUAUCCUGACUCUGGUAGGUUUCUUCUGGGCUACCAACCGAGUUGUCCGUCAAGUAUACGGCGCCAUCUUCCGACUGGUCCAGGAGAACUUCAUGAGCAACAUUCACAUCACAAGCACCGAUGAGAUCUACACUCAUAUGAUGAAGUGGCUGGCACUGCAGCCGCUGAUGGCAAGCUCCCGGUCUUUGACGGCCGAAACCGUAAGCAAGACCGCGUGGGAAGAGGAAGAAGAGCUCGAGGCGCUGCAGACAAGAACCAUUGCUGGUAGUGGUGGCGGCAAUACGGAGUACCUCAACUUUUCUAACCAGGAGGCCAAAGCUCCCCCGAGAUACGUGCCUGCAGUAGGCGUCCACGGCUUCUGGUUCAAAGGCCGCUACUUUAGACUUCAGCGAAAGCUACAGAACGUGUUUGACGGCGAAGCGAACUACGGGACGUUCAGAAAGGAGGAGGACCUCAUUGUAUCGUGCUUCGGCCGGAGCCCAGAGCCUAUCAAGGAACUCCUACAAUUCGUCAAGGAAUUUUAUUACCAAGACCAUUACGCUCGCACAACGAUCAAACGCCCAAGUCCAGCACCGAUGCGCCGGUACGGCGGACGUUACAACUGGAGCCAGGUCGCCAACCGCCCCGUCCGGCCCAUGCGGACUGUUGUUCUCGACCCGAAGCAGAAGGGCCAGGUGCUUGCGGACAUGAACGAAUACCUCCACCCGGCUACCCCUCGUUGGUACGCCAACCGUGGUAUUCCCCUGCGCCGCGGAUAUCUCUUCUACGGGCCACCAGGAACCGGAAAGACCUCGCUGUCGUUUGCAUUAGCUGGCGUCUUUGGUCUGGACAUCUUUGUCAUCUCCCUACUUGAGCCGACGUUGACAGAAGAAGACCUCGGGACGUUAUUCAACUCAUUACCCCGCCGCUGUGUGGUGCUACUCGAGGAUAUUGACACGGCAGGUCUGAGCCGAGCGGACGAAGAGGUUGAUGCUGCCCCUCCGACGACAAAGGAAGGCAGCAAGAAGACGAGCAAGGAUGACUGGAAGGUGUCUGACCUCGCGCGUGCCCUUAAGAAGGAGGCCAAGAACGACGAAAAGAAGGGCAUUUCGCUGUCCGGACUCCUGAAUGCCAUUGAUGGCGUCGCAUCACAAGAGGGUCGCAUUCUGGUCAUGACGACAAAUAAGCCCGAGUCUCUGGACGAGGCUCUAAUCCGACCUGGCCGCGUCGACCUGCAGCGCAUGUAUGAGGCGGAUGGCGCUUCUCCGGCCAAGCGCGUUGACGGACACCUCGCUCCCCCCAUGAACCCGGCGCCGCCCAUCACCGUGAACGGCGGCACGUCCUCCGCAUCAUCGUCCUCGACUGCUUCUCCCACCAAGUCAUCGUUUCCCGAUAAACCCUUGUCGCCGGAGGCUAGUACAGAGGCCGAGAAGAAGCAUGAGUUCGACGCCGAAGAGCUACGACGGAUCGCGGCCGAGUUCGGCGCCCUGAUUCCCGAUGGACUGUUCAGCCCCGCUGAAAUCCAGGGGUUUUUGCUCAAGCGCAAGAAGGACCCUAGACGAGCGCUGAAGGAGACAGCUGAGUGGGUUGAGGGGAUGAGGCAGCAGAAGGAGAACAGGACCAAGGUGCUCAAGGUGCAGUGA